UGCACCGGCGUUACGUCCGCCAGUCCGCGAGUUGGCACGACGGCGGUGCGUUCGUCGCUUCGAUAUCGACACGGUCGAUAAUGCUCCUCUCUUUUCCUUUCUUUUUCCUCCCCUUCUUUUCUUCUAGUUUCUCCUUUUUUUUUAUCGUUAUCUCCUGGAACCUCGUCGGCAAAAUAAAUCUCGCUCUCGGUGAAGGCCGAAAUAACGUAGAUCUUGUACGAUUUUUCACGCAGUAUCACCGAUAACAUCAUCACCGUCGUGCCGAUCCCUUCGUUCUUCCGAAAAGUUGAGAGAACGGACGACGGAAAAUAGAAAAGAGAGAGAGAGAAGGGAAGAAUACCACUUUCGUCGAAGUGUCACGAUUGUAGUGUGUGUUACGAAUUUUGGACCAACGUUGCUCAAUCGGAGCGCGAUCUUCCGACUAUUAGUGGAGAGAAGACGACCGCGCGAGAGGGUGGCAUAUUUCGCUCCGGAUUUUCGUUCAAGGUAGACCUGUGGGCAUCUGACGCACGGCAACAUGUCGAUCAUAAUGCACUAUAUAGACCGGUUCCACGACAUGCUGGAUAGACACGCAGACACGAGGACAACUAAUUGGCUACUGAUGAGUUCACCGUUCCCCACGUUGUUUAUCUGUCUUACCUACGUUUAUGUCGUCAAAGUGCUCGGACCGAAGCUUAUGGAGAAUCGGAAGCCGUUUCAAUUUAAGAAUACCUUGGUAGUCUACAACCUGUUUCAAGUGAUCUUCUCCGCGUGGCUCUUCUACGAGUGCCUGAUGGGCGGAUGGUGGGACCAGUAUAGUUUUCGCUGCCAACCGGUGGAUUAUUCUAACAGCCCCACCGCGAUAAGGAUAGGGAUAUCCGGAUGGCUGACUGGAGACUAUUCUCUAAGGUGUCAACCUGUAGACUACAGCGACAGACCUGAAGUACUGAGGAUGGUCCACGCAAGCUGGUGGUAUUACUUCUCGAAAUUUACCGAAUUCAUAGACACGAUAUUUUUCGUGCUAAGAAAGAAGAAUAAUCACGUGUCCACGCUGCAUGUGAUCCACCACGGCUGCAUGCCUAUGUCGGUUUGGUUCGGUGUCAAGUUCACGCCAGGCGGCCACUCGACCUUCUUCGGUUUGUUGAACACUUUCGUCCAUAUCGUGAUGUACACGUAUUAUCUUCUGGCGGCGAUGGGUCCAAAGGUGCAGCCGUACCUAUGGUGGAAGAAAUACCUGACCGCCUUCCAGAUGCUGCAAUUCAUCGCCAUCAUGGUCCACGCCUUUCAGUUGCUCUUCAUCGAAUGCAAUUAUCCGAAGGCAUUCGUCUGGUGGAUCGGUUUGCACGCCGUUAUGUUUCUCUUCCUGUUCAAGGAGUUCUACCAGCAGAGUUACCAGCAGAAGAAACUCAGAAGAAAGCUGGACGACGCGCAGAUGACAAACGGCGUCACCAAGGGCGAUCAUCACGAAUCGAAGGGCAAGCACGUGAAUGGCAUCACAAACGGCGUUGCAAACGGCGUAGCGAACGGAACCGCGAAUGGCGUCGCGAACGGCUCCUCGCCCAGAAAGAGGGAUAGCACCGAUUAUUAUGUGAAAGUCGAAAGCCUAGCGACGGAGAUCAACCUCCGAAAACCGUUCGCGAUGAAAGUCGAGUGACCCUCGAGCGAGCGCCUAGCCUAGUCGAUCUUCUCUCGCCGCGACGCCGUAUUUUUCUUUUUCUUCCGCGAAAUCGCCAAAAGAUUAGCGGGCCUUCUUCCCUCUGUAUCUCUUUCUCUCUCUCUCUCUCUUUCUUUAAUUUUAAUUUACUGUAUUAUCGAAACACAAAGGGUUGAAGGCUCUGCCGAGAUCGACGCAUCUAUCGAAAGAGAAAAAGAGUACAAAAUUACGUCGCCGUAUUCGGCUCGCGGUAUGCAGCGUACGUCGACGUACUUUCAUCGACGAUACGAUACUUCACGAGCACGAUGGUUCUUCAGCUGGAUCCGGGCAGUUGCGCACGACCGUAAUCCGGUGACUAACGCAGAAGGAUGCCCAGGCGGAUCGUGUCUUGGUGCUCCCGCGACAAUAGACGAAGCCGGGCAAAAAAAGGAACUGUUUGAACCGGGUUACGAAACGCUUGGAUGUAAAUUAUUGUGCGGUUUUCCAUGACCUUGACGAUAAUUCACGUCACCUGCGAAGCGAACGAUUCUCACUGGACUCGACCGGUUUGCGAAUACCGGCUUUGCGCGACGGUAAGGUUCAUCAUGAUAAAAAGGAAUUUCUGAAAAUUACGUAAAUCGAAUAACGAUGUGUAAACUAUAUAACAUCUGAAUCUUUAAAAUGCUCCAUAUUAUUUGCAAAGCAUUAUUAUUUUCUGGCUCAUCUUUAACGGAACUACUACAUUAAUCGCGCGCAAUGGAGUAAUCAAACUGCUUCCAUAAAUUUACGGAUAAUUGGGAGGAGUACACGAAAGAAUCGGUUCAAAAUUAAUAAGAAAUACUAUCUUUUUGGGAAAUUUGAUUUCGAGGAUUUCGUGGCCAAUGAAUCAUCGUGACCCCUUCUUGACCGCUUUAGCAAUUGAAAGUAUUUGGAUGAUCGUUUUCGAUUUCGUUCUCCACGUACGUAGUGCGACGCAACGCGCUUCGGUAAAAAUAAACUUCGUCAAAGCUUCACGAUCGCGCGCUUCCCGGUCUCUCAAAAAUCGCGGAUUCGCUAGCCGACGGCGAGGCUACGGCGUUACAUAAAGGAAAAAAUUACACGGGAGAUAAUAGUAAAUCACAAUAGCAAUUUGGCGCGACACUGUUACGCAAUUAACCGAGAAAUCUUUUCGUUUACAUUUCGACAACUUGCCACGUAGAAAUAUGUGUGGAUUCGGUGACCUUAGCCGGUCGAGCCGCGAAAUCUCUCGAUUAUGUAAAAGGACAACCAGAAUCGAAGAAAAGUUUGACGAAAAUCCCGAUCUUUGAUCAUACGAUCUCAUAAAAUUGCGCAUAUUACUCUCUAGCAAUAUUUAUUACGAUUCCUUUCGAAAAAGAGGAAUAGUUUUAGGAUUAUCGUUUUAUGUACUUUACAAUUACAUUAAAAGUCAAAUCUUAAAACGGUUUAACAAAUCGAUUUAAUGGCUCAGUCUACGUUUAUUGAAUCGAUUUGCGAGGGUAUCAUUGUCUGUCCGAGCCUCAAACGUCUAUGCGGGAGCAGAAAGGAUACGAUCGUGCUAGUGUGCCUUGGGAAGACAAGCGUGCUUUUUGCUCAAUACUUAAAGCUCAAAAGCAUCGGUUCGAAAUGCCAGUAACCGACUUCUGUGAUCGUGCAUACGUCGACUCGCGAGAGGGAUUCUCGACAUCUCCUUCCUUCGCGCGCCCAGUAGCUGUCUCGCCGACGUCCGGUCCCGGCGUCGCGACGCCCUGUCACAUCGCAGAUGUGCCGAUGCUUGUCGCGGAUGUUCGCCGUCUCGGUUGUACUAUUUAACGCGUGUGAAUGCGCGAGCGAAGCGUGCGAGAAUUUCGCGUUCGCAAUUAUUAACUCCUUCGGCUGAAAAAGGAGUUAAACAUUAAGAAUCUCCCUCCGCUCGGCAACCGGACUGUCCCCGAAGAAAUUUUGGAUCGAUGGAUUUCAAUGAGCAAUAUCAUUAUUCAGGGGAUCAAAGUUUAAAGUGAAACAAAAAGCUGAAUGAAUUAAAAAGGACUUGGUAGAAUAUUCGACUUGUAAAUUAAAUUAUUUCGAAGCUGGAAAGAUUCGAAAAUUGUAGUUUUGCAAAAUACAAGUUCCUUUUAAUUUGUCUAUUUUUCGUGCGACUAAAAUUAUGGAUUUGUAAAUAUUCUGAUGUUUAUUAUUUAAUUUCUGUUUUUAAUCGGUAUCUAUUUAUUACUGACUGCUUUAAGUACUGUUGUCGGGCUUUUAUAUUCUCCCCGAAGCCGAAGUCGACUAAAACCGCGACAGUCGGUACGCUAUCUCGCUCGCUUCGCGCGCGUCUUGUAUGUAAUACAUAACGUCUUGUACAUAGGUAGGCUAGUUUUAUAUACUACUAAAGAGGAGUCUGAGGAGUGCGACGGACGUGCCACACUUCGAGGCAAUUAAAAAAAAUCGAAAAAAAAUCCAAGUUCAGGGGCUAAUUUAUAUAAAUUUACAUGUGCAUAUGUAUAAAAGGCGGAAGGUGUAUGAAUAAAAUCGCAUAUUGGGAUGCAUGACCCUUACUGCGGCUACGUACAUAAAUAAAAAGAAAAAUCAAGAGGGUCCCAUGAAUUUUCCAUUUCUUGGAACUCCAAUCCGAUUACUGCCCUUCUCAUUUGAACGUUUUUGAGUCCUACGAUUCGAGUAAUGUAGAUUGCAGCAAGCGUAAUUGAAGAGUUUGUUCCAAAAAUAGGCUCGAUUUUUCCAUCUCUUUCAAACGAUGAAUAUACUCUUGUACAUUUAACGACAAAAGAGAAAUAAUCAUCGAAAAAAUUUAAUUCGAUAUGCAUUGGUAACAAGCUCUCCGAUCGCAAUCUGUCACGUGUGUAAUCUACAAUAAUUGAUACAUGUACCAUACGUGAGCAUUUGUGAGAGUAUGUAAAAUUUUAUAUAAAAUUAUAUAAAAUUUUAUGAAUUUAGAUUUCAAAAAGCUCAAAAAGAUUAGAGCCGUUGACGGCUGAUUUUUUUGUUAAGUAUUAAUCGAUAUCGUUGAAGCAACGAAAAACUCCAAAUGUAAGCGUAUGGUACAAAAGAAUAUGGACAAUCUGACGAAUUUUUUUUCUCCCACUCAGCCGAGAACUUGAAGUUGUUUUGUUGCAAGUGGCUCGCCGAGAUGGGAUGCCAAAAAUGAAUUUACGGGCGUGCGCCGCCAAUUUCGAUAAGGUAGCGAUAUGUGAAAAUUCCAAGUGCUCUUACAUAAAAUUUUUACGUCGUACUGUAACUGAAAUUUAUUAAUCACACAAUUGGUUAAUGUGUAUUACGUGAUGUAUUUUUGCAAGAAAUAUAAGUCUAUUUACUA